AUUUUCAACUCAGGCAGUCUCGUCUAUGUCGCUUUCCGAGGGCUACACUUCAAGACCAGCAGAAGAUUGUGGAAGAAGGAGCAGUAACGACGCAAGAUACGGAAGAGCAAGCGGUGCCGGUGAUCAGUGCGACGGGGAAAAGAGACGCCCAAUUACAUAGCCGGGGUAAUGAAAGUCGUUCGACUUUGCGAUUCUCCUUUUCGUGUUUCCACCAUUCCUCUGCCGGUCCUUGUCUUUCUAACUCUAUUUGUGCGUGGUCAAUAGUACAUAUACCUUUAUUCCCGGACGGCUGUUCCAAGGGUCUCAACACCCCCAUACCCAAGGCCUCCGCUAAUUCCUUAGAGUUACCCGUCGCCCGCCAUGCGUGCUCUCCUAAGACCGCUGGCCUACCAUUCCGUAUUCUCUCCCAUUGAAACUAUCGUCUUCACUUUCGUUCUCGUGACCCUUGCCUACUUCCACAUCCUUAGUGGCAUCAAGCAUUCCUCGUUCUUCGCUCCUACGUUCCCGUCCACGCUUCUUCCCGCACACGCAAGACUAUCGAAGGGCGAAUGGAGUGGAAUUAGCGAACGCGAGUGGGUGAAGGGUCAGGGUGAUCGCGUAGUCGAGUUGCAACAGAUUGUGUUCUCGUUGGAUGAUAAGACUCGCAAGCAAGUCAAUUAACCGCCACUGGGCAUCAUGCCUCAAAGCAGUGUGAACGCGCUGCGCGGGUUCUUCCUGACCUUCAUGGUGCUUGGUGUUGCGUGAAUCCACGUAAUCGAAGCUUUAUUUGAAGGCUUGCGGGGAUGUAUCUGCGGUUGUACCCCUUGGUGUGGUCGAGGUUGUGACCCAUGAUUACAUUGCACGACGAUGGAUCUCGCGAUAAUCGUAUUGCUUUGAUCACUGACAUGAUACUCCUUAGGCGAACCCUUCGCUUUCCCUCAACUCGACUUCAUUGUCAUCGAUCACCACUCAACUGAUCGACGAGAUCAUAUCCCUCUCCGGCAAGACAUAUGGCGAGAUCUGCCACUCCCCAGCUAACACUACCGAUUGUUUCACUCAUAUCGACUGCCGUGCCCUCACGCUUUCCUUCGCCCCAGGCUUCCGUGAUGACUGGAUGUCGGCCCUCAAGCGUACUCCCAAAUUUGAGGUCGACGGUCUGCGAUUCCAGAUCCAGAGCGUCAAACGCGAGCAGAGCAUUGGAGAGAUGAGGAGUAGCAAAUGGGUUGCUUACGCCCUUCGCGCACUCGUUCUUCGUUUCUGGGAACUUACCAAGAAAGCGGAUUCCUUGGACAUCCUGCUUGUUCUCAUCGGUUACGUGCUCAUGCACUCUACUUUCCUCCGUUUGUUCUUUUCGUCCCGUGCCCUCGGUUCCAACUUCUGGCUGUCAACCGGUAUCUUCCUCUCGUCAUGCUUCGCAUUCCUCUUCACGCUUCCCCUUUGCCGUUUCCUCGAUAUCCCUCUUGAUCCAGUCUGCCUCAGCGAAGCUCUUCCUUUCCUUGUCUGCACAGUCGGCUUCGAGAAGCCUCUUCGUCUCGCCCGGGAGGUCAUGAAGCACGAACACAUCCUCACUCCUCUACCACCAGCCUCCCCUACUUCGUCAGGUUCUCCUUCUGGUCAACCUCAGCAGCUCGCCAUGAAGCCUGCCGGUGAAGUCGUGCUUGAAGCGCUUGACCGUGCUGGUAACUCUAUUGUUCGUGACUACGCUCUCGAGAUCGCCGUAUUGCUUGUCGGUGCGUAUAGCCACGUGGGUGGUCUGAAGGAGUUCUGCGCCCUCGCUUCACUGGCUAUGGCCCUCGAUUGUGUCAUGCUUGGCAGUUUCUACACCGCCGUCCUUACGGUCAUGGUCGAAGUUCGGAGAAUCAAGAUGCUCCGUGCUAUGAAGAAGGAACAGAGUAUCGCUACCGCUAGCGGCGCUGCGACCCCAAGACUGAAGCCCGCUUUGAGUAGGACACAGACGCCUAAACCGGAGGAAGCGAAGAAGGAGAAGAGUAUGAGUGAGAAGGUAUCAGAUGCGCUUUUGGGCGUGAAGGGCUCGUCGCUGUUGAACAACGAGCAGCAGCCUAGGAGCAAAAGGGAUGCGCUUAGUAGGCGCAAGCAGGAUUUGGAGGAGAAUCCUAUGGCUAGGCUCAAAUUGCUCGUCCUCGCAUCUUUCCUUACAUUGCAUAUUCUUAACUUCUCCACCACGCUCACCCCCGCCACGGCAAUUGCACGUCACAGCAAGCAUUCACCUUCAUCUUCGUCUCUUACUGCUCCCAACGCGAAUGCCGCCGUUGUACCAGUACCGAGAGUCGAUUUGGCGUCGCCUGCCGUGGCCUCCGUAUUGGACACACUCGCUGCAGCAGAGUACAAACCUAAUGAUUUCAUUGAUAGCGAUGUCCUCGUUCGCGUCGCUGCUCCAAUCCACGUUCGCGCCCUCCCAGCCAUCACGUCACCCUCAAGUUCCUCCUCCUUGUUUACGUCGCUUUUCACCAACUCUGCUUCCUACGAGCAUACCUCCGUUCAGUCGUCACCCUCGUUCGAGAGUUUGAUGACCUCAUGGACUUCCUUCGUCGGCGAUCCCGUCAUCUCAAAAUGGAUCGUCUGCCUCUUGCUCGUCAGUGUCGCUCUCAACGGAUACCUCCUUAAGGGUAUCGCAGCAGGAAGCGGACUGGGCAUUGCCGCUUUUGUCAGUGCUGGUGUCAAGGGCGGGAACAAGGGUGUCAGGUUCUCUGGUGGAUCGAAGGAAGUCGACGCUGGUGAACACGUUGAGGUCGUAGAGGAGAAGAAGCCAGCGAAGAAGACUAGUGUCGUCAUCGAGGCUGUUGCACCACCCGUUGUCGAGGCUAUCCCCGCACCAGUCAUUGAGCCAGUCGUUGCCGCCUCUGCUGUUGUGCCGGCUCCUGUUGCUGCUGCUAAGCACGAUCUCAGACCGCUUCCUCUUGAUCUUGCCACUGUGGACCAGAAGCUUGCCAAUGUCCAGCCUCUGGCUACGCCGUCUUUCACACCUUCCUCGUCAUAUACACCUUCUGGAUCUUUCACACCCAAGGAGACUGCAUUCACUGGUGAGGUUCGCUCUCUCGAAGAGUGCAUCGAUAUCUUCGAGAAUGGUCCGAGACCUGUUUCGGCGUCGUUGGCGAUGCUUAAUGAUGAGGAAGUUGUGUUGUUGGCUCAGAAUGGCAAGAUCGCCGCAUAUGCGCUUGAGAAGAUGUUGGAUGAUUUGGAGAGGGCUGUUGCCAUCCGUCGCAAGUUGAUUUCUCGCGCUACCAAGACAAAGACUCUCGAAUACUCUGACGUUCCAAUGCAUGGUUAUGAUUAUUCCCGAGUCAUGGGCGCGUGUUGCGAGAACGUCAUUGGAUACAUGCCUCUCCCGCUCGGUAUCGCUGGACCCCUUAAGAUUGAUGGCGAGGCCUAUCACAUCCCAAUGGCUACUGCCGAAGGCACCCUCGUCGCGUCAACUUCUCGUGGUUGCAAAGCGCUCAACGCUGGUGGAGGCGUCAACACCGUCCUAACCUACGAUGGUAUGACGCGUGGACCUGCAAUCGACUUUCCAAACAUUCAACAAGCUGGUGCUGCGAAGCACUGGCUGGAGAGUACCGAGGGUUACGCUAUUGUCAAAGAGGCGUUUGAGAGCACUUCGAGGUUUGCAAAGUUGCAGAAUAUCAAGUGCGCUAUGGCUGGUAGGACUCUGUUCGUGAGGUUCGCUACUAGGACGGGAGAUGCUAUGGGUAUGAACAUGAUCUCCAAGGCCACUGAAAAGGCAUUGGAGGUCUUGGGCAAGGAGUUCCCCGGAUCUGUCGUCCUCGCGCUCUCUGGUAAUUACUGCACGGACAAGAAGCCUGCUGCGAUCAACUGGAUCGAAGGUCGUGGAAAGAGCAUUGUUGCUGAGGCUGUCGUUCCUGGCAAGGUCGUGAAGUCGGUGUUGAAGACUACCGUGGACGCGUUGUGCAACUUGAACACGAAGAAGAAUUUGGUGGGAAGUGCGAUGGCUGGGUCCGUUGGUGGCUUCAACGCCCAUGCGGCUAACAUCCUUACUGCCAUCUUUUUGGCUACUGGGCAGGACCCCGCUCAGAAUGUUGAAAGCUCAAACUGUAUUACUCUCAUGGAACCAACUAACAACGGUGAAGACCUUCUCAUGACUGUAUCCAUGCCCUGUAUCGAAGUCGGCACUGUUGGCGGUGGCACCGUCCUCGCACCUCAACAAGCCAUCCUUGAAAUGCUCGGUGUCAAGGGCGCACACCCCACUAACCCCGGCCAAAACGCUCAACAACUCGCUCGCAUCAUCGCAUCCGCCGUCAUGGCUGGCGAGCUUUCACUCAUCAGUGCUCUCGCGGCAGGUCACCUCGUCCGCGCUCAUUUGGCACAUAAUCGUUCACAAUUAAACACUCCUGUUCCUUCUCGACCACUCACCCCUGCUCCUGGUACGCCUAAGCUGGUGGAGAUGGAUGUUGGUGAUGAUAAGGCGAGAGUGGGACGAGGGUUGUUGAGACCAGGUGCUCCAACUCAGUCGGCGUCGACUGACGUGAUUACGCCUCAAUAGGGUUUUUCAUGCUAUGAUUUUUCAGUGCUUCGGCUUGAUUGCUCUUUCAUACUUGCUUUCAAUUGAUAGGUAUUGGAAUUCCAAUUCAAUACAUACUACACCUGCUUUUGCUGUCACCUCAUGAUGACUGAGCUGGUCUAGCCGUCACUCUCGCUAUUUAUGCAACAUUUUAGACGGACAUCUGCUAUGCUUGUUUGCUGUUAGAUCAGGAUGUCUUACAUAGGAUGCGAAAGCAAGUCAAUAGUUUACAAAUGAAUAACAUCAAUACCACUUCCAAGGGCGUUAUAAUAUCGUCCGAUGUCUGCUUUACUACCACACGUAUUGAGAGUGGUUGCUAGACAGUUGACCUCUUGGAUCAGUAGAUAAAAAGCAUGGAUUCUAAAAAGAAAGAAAAACUUCUUGGAUAU